GGAGGAAGUCAGAGGUGGUCUUUGUGUUCUCUUGUUUCCUUGAACUUCGUCCUAUAUUUCCUGGGGAAUUUGCAGUGUGGCGAACGAGAUGCGUCAUGUCUUCCACCGUGAAGAGCCUCAAAGUCACCUAUAACCCAGUGAAUGAGAAAAACACCUUUACCAGCGGGGACUGCGUGUCCGGCUCGGUGACGCUGGAGGCGGCCAAAGAGUGCCACGUAGAGGCUCUGAUGAUUAAAUUUAAGGGGAAAGCAGAAGUGUUGUGGACCGAGAGGUACGGGCAGACUACUGUUACUUACCACUCCAAGGACAAGUACUUCAGCAUCAAACACUACUUCAUCCGAGACAAAGACGACAAAGGAGAUGACAACCAAACACUACUGACAAACCAUGGAGACACAUACAGCAGUGUUGUUGCCCCAGGAUGCCAUGUUUACCCAUUCACCUUUCAGAUCCCUUUCCAGAAUACUCCCUCCUCCUUCGACGGCUGUGUUGGUAAAAUCGUGUACUCGCUGGAGGCCAAACUGAGCAGAUCAAUGAGGAUUCCCAAGAAAGAUUCAACUAAGAUCAACUUUGUGUCAAAGGAAGACCUGACCAGUGACCCUGGGCUAAUGACACCGCAGCACGAGUCUAAGGAUAAGAAAAUGAAAUUUUUCAACUCAGGAACGGUAGCCAUGGAUGUGAAUCUUGAAAAAACAGGUUUCUUCCAAGGAGAAGGAUUAAAGGUCCUGGCCUGCAUUCAGAACAACUCGUCUCGCGAGAUCAAGCCCAAGUACUGUGUGUACAGAAAGCACAGCUUCUUUGCAACAGGGAAGAGAAGAGUCAGCACUAAAGACCUCUUUAAAGAGGUGGGAGAGCCCAUCCCCCCUUCUUCUAACCAAAAUGUCACAAGAGUCAUCACCAUCCCCCAUGAUGUGGAGCCCUCCAUCCACAACUGCAAUAUCAUCAAAGUGGAGUACAGACUCAGGGUCUACCUCGAUGUCAAAUACGCUUCAGACCCAGAGAUCAAAUUUCCCAUAGUCAUCCUGCCGGCCUCUCAGGUUCCUGCCAUGCUGGCACCACCACCUGCUGCCUCUGGCUUUGGAUUCGAGCCAUUUGGGAGCACAAACCCACCGGCCUGGGGCAUCGUAUCACCACAACCACCAGCGGCACCCCAACCUUCGGAUGCCCCGCCUCCCUACGGAGCAUAUGGAACGUACCCUCCUUUGAUGGAUUUUGGCAAUAAAUAUUAGUGACGGCCUUGUGAAGAUACUUGGACAUUUCAGAAACUUAAAUGACAUCAAAUUGUCAACCUACGGUAUAUCCCUUUCAUUAACAUUUUGUUAUGACGUCCAGUAACUAUUAUUAAGGGCUACAAUAUAUUUACUGCUCUUACAACAUUCAAAAGGACUAAUAUGUGUCAUCAUCUUGUGCUAGAAGGCAUUUGUUUUCUUAAAGUGAGAUUGUUCUUAAAAACGUUCUGGUCAGAGUGACCCCGCUUGGUAGAAACAGACACUAUCCGCUGCUAUGAUCUGUAACUCUUGGGGAGUGUUAUGUAUCGGACAAUAUACUAUUUAUAGGAUAACUUUUCUACCCUGAUAUUAGAAAAUCGUAUCUACUAUGUUAUAAUUUUUAAUUAAAAUGUAUAAUAUCAAUUUAUAGUAACUCCAUAUUAUGUACUUUUAAAUCUUCUAUGCAUCUUUUAUAAGUUUAUGUGUGUUUGUAUUCGAUAAGUCUCCCUUCAAUGUAUAGAGGUCCAUCAGGUUCCAGAGGUUAGCUGGAGGAAGUCCAGCAAACAUUAAACCACACUUGAAACUGAGUUGACAAAAUAAAAGAAAACCAAAGUGCAAAUGCUAAGCAUACUUGGUUGUGCCACAUUGCUUAGAAAUGUUAUCAUUUACUAAUGUGAUUAUUAAGCAAUACAUGAAUGUACCAGAAAGCUUCUACUUUGAUUUUUCAUUUCAUUUGUGUUAAAAAAUGUAUUUUUUUAAAUUAACAUGGCAUAAACCUAAGAAAAAAGAAUCCCUUAAAGUUUGAAAUGCUUUGGAAAUAAACCACAACCUUGCCAUAAAAUCACAACAGCACCUGUGUGUAUGGAGGUUUGACUCACGUGACUAGACAGCCUUUACCCACACGUGCUGCACACACAUUUGAAUUAAAGUCGGCCUAAUGAAUUCAUAUCUGACACUAGAACUUAUGCUGCCACCCAAAUACAAUUAAACAAAUUGGGAUUUAAUUUGUGGUGCCAAAAAUAUUGAAGAUUACAUUUUUUGAAAAAUCA